GAGCCUCACCUGCCUCCCUCUCUGCCCUCCCCGGGUGAGGACGGGGCUCCGGGAAGAACAUGCAGCCCGCAACAGCCUCUGUUCUGGAUCUUUCAAGGAUCACAGAGGGAAGAGAGACCCCAGGACAAUGCCGACAGGUCGUUCCCCCGGAGUCCGGCUCCUUCCACGUUCUUCAUGGGAACGGUACGUCCGUUGGGUCUGUCGUGGGGUUCCAGUGCUCCCCGAUGCACCAGUUGGUGGGCGAGGGAACGACGACGUGUGUUUGGAGAGGAAACGGCGCGGCGUGGACGACGGGGACCCCAACGUGCAAAACGCUGUUGAAAUCCGAUGCGCUUGGAUUUAAGGUCGCGGUAAUCGCCUCCAUCGUGAGCUGCGCUGUCAUCCUGCUGAUGUCGAUGGCGUUUCUGAUUUGCUGCCUCGUCAAAUGCAUGAAGAGGAACGAAAGGAAACGCUCACAGAGAGAGAAGGUCGUCUGGCAUCAGAUAGACUGCGAGGAGCUGGAAAACAUGAAGGGCCGGAAUAAUAAUAAUAAUGCGGAGCGCCGGCGGCCCGCGCUGGACGACUGGCUUAAUAUGGUUUACGAAAACCGCGGGUUCUGCAGGGGCCACGAGGCGCGGGCCGGGAGUUCACUCACCGCUGGCUGCACGGACGGUAACCGCGCAUGCUUUCCAGACAAGCAGAUAUCCGGCCAGCACUUUGCCCCCGGCCGCCACGUCUCGGUGCAGACGGUGAGUGGCGUCCACGUGGUGGAGGUGUACGGCAGAGACCAAGACAUUCACCGGCGAUACGAGUGACGAUACCGACGGAGCCGAGGAAUCCUGUGCCUUAAAACUGCCUGCGGCGCUCCCGGCGCGUUUCACUCGACGUCAGCGCAAGCGAAGUGC